UCUGAACAAACUAAUUCAAGUGGCUACAUAUUUUAAUACAUUCAUUGUCUGUGUGAAAAGAAUUUCCAUAUAAUUCUUCAUCUAUGACGUAAACCUCAAACUUGGUCAAUUAAAUUUAAGUAUGACCCAUUUUAUACAAUCCAUCUACAAAAACAACUAACAGACCAAGGUAGUAGAAGCUGCGGGCCUAUAUAAUGUACUACAUAAUAUAAUUAAUAUAGUAUAAUAAUAUUAAUAAAAUGAUAAAGACUAUGUCUUUUAAUUUCUCACACGUUAUUCUGAUAUAUCAUAUAUCAGUGCUUAGCCUAAGUUUCUCAUACAUUAUUUCUUCUAGGCACUAACUAAUUGUCAUUUUCAUAAAGAAAAUAACUUCACCAUGAAUCAUCAUGUGUGUAACCUCAUUUUCUUCACACUAAUCAUUCUUCUUUCAUCAAAAACCAAGGCACAACAGAAUUACUCAGGAAAUUCUAUACUCGGCUGCAACAAUAACGACGAAAAGGGACCUUCCCCGGCAUUUCUUUACACUUGCAAUGGCCUCAACAAAUCUUGCAUGGCUUUUGUCAUAUUCAAAUCCAAACCUUCUUAUAACUCUAUCUCCACAAUUUCCAACUUUUUAUCGUUGAACCCGAAAGAGCUAGCGAGAAUCAACAGUGUCAAUUUGUUCGCAGUUUUCCCACCUGGCAAAGAGGUUAUUGUCCCUGUCAACUGUUCUUGUUUAACCAAUGAUUAUUACCAAGCUGAAACAAAAUAUAUAUUGGGUCCAAACUCAACUUAUUUGACAGUAGCAAACGACACGUUUCAAGGUUUGUCAACAUGUGAUUCUCUUAUGCGUGUGAAUCGAUAUGGUGAACUUGAUUUGCAUCAAGGAAUGGAGUUGCACGUGCCUCUCAGAUGCGCUUGUCCAACAUAUCAUCAGAAAACAAAUGGAAUCAAGUAUUUACUCACAUAUUCUGUGAACUGGGGUGAUAAUAUUUCAUAUAUUGCUACAAGAUUCAAUGUAGCAGUUGGUAAUCUUCUUGAUGCCAAUGGUUUUUCCACACAAACUGAAAUGCUUUAUCCAUUCACAACUGUUCUGAUUCCUUUGCAAAGUGAACCAGUGAGUUCAACAACCAUAGUUGUUAAUGAUCCACCAACCAUGACACCCUCUACUGGUCGAAGUUUCAAAAAGUGCAAGUCAAAGAAAAAAGUACUCAUCAUUGCUAUUGCCACCUCAGUACUGGUUCUGUGUGUCAUCUUGUUUCUGCUGUUUCUAUUUCUGUUUCUGCUCAGAAAGAGAUCAGGAAGUUUCUUUAACCGAGGCAAUCGAGUUAAGAAUAAAAUAGGGAUUUCUUCAGAAGAGAUACGCGGGAAGAUAGCAAUCAUUGAACAUAUCUCCAAAGUGUAUAGCUUUGAAGAAAUAACAGAGGCAACUGAGAAUUUUAGUUCAAAGAAUAGAAUCAAUGGUUCUUUAUUUCGCGGCGAAUUUGGCAACGGCAAGGAAGUGUUGGCUGUUAAAAGAAUGAGAGGUGAUGCUUCCAAAGAAGUCAAUUUGCUUAAAAAGAUCAAUCAUUUCAACCUGAUAAAGCUACAAGGUUACUGUGAAAACAACGAUUGCCACUAUCUUGUUUAUGAAUAUAUGGAAAAUGGAUCUUUAAGGGAGUGGCUUAGUAAGAAUAGUUCCAUUGAGCAUCAAAGUUUGGCAAAAAGGAUACAGAUUGCUCUGGAUAUUGCAAAUGGACUUCAGUAUCUUCACAACUUCACAGAACCUUGCUAUGUGCACAAGGACAUAAACAGUGGAAACAUUCUACUAAACAAAGAUUUAAGGGCCAAGAUAGCAAAAUUAGCUCUUGCUGAAGAAUCAAAAAUUAUGAUAACUUCUGAUUGUCCCAAAUCAUAUGUUGUAGGAUCUGUGAGCUAUUUGGCUCCUGAAUAUCUGUAUGCAGGGGUAGUCAGCACCAAAAUGGAUGUCUAUGCCUUUGGAGUGGUGCUGUUGGAAUUGAUCACUGGCAAAGAUUCUAUUACCCUACAAGAUGGAAGAGAAGUAAUGCUCUAUGAAAUCAUAGAAAAUAUCGUUGAUAACGAUAAUGAAGAAGAGAAGGUGAGUUUGUUCAUUGAUCCUUGCCUUAUUGGAAGCUGUAGGAAAGCAUGUGCAUUGCAGCUAGUUAAACUGAGUCUAGCCUGUUUGAUUCAAGAACCAGAAAAAAGACCAAACGUUGAAGAGGUAGUCUCUAGCUUACUGAAAAUACAGGCAAAUGAUAUGCAGCAAAGAAUAUCACCCACCAUCAAUAAAAGCCUAAGCCUGGAGAGGUGAAAUGAUUUAGUUUUGGCUAACUGAUAUACAAUUAAUCUCCACUUUUGUUGCUUUCACAGUUAUUUUGUAGAUAUUACACAUAUUUUAUUUUUAUGCACCAAUGUCAUCGGUAUUUGUAUUAGAUGAAAUCCACAACUAUCCUUCUAUCAGAUACAAUCCUAUUUGAGGUUGACAGUAGCAAGGUUCUUUAAUACAAAAGUUUUCUUACCUUGCAUUUGUUUAUACCAAUCAUUAUUCCUUUUC